AUGCCAAAGCUAGUUAUCUCAGUUCUUGUACCACUCCUUAUUGUUCUUUCAUGUGGGUAUGUCUCGAACUCGGAUUCAAACUCAGACUCAACUCUAAGGUUGCUUUUGGAGGUGAGAGAGUCGUUUGUGGAAGACCCACAAAAUGUACUUGCAGACUGGUCUGAGGCCAACCCAAGUAUCUGUUCAUGGAAAGGUGUUUCCUGCGAAACAAACACAAACACAAACUCGGUUGAUGGCUCAGUCCGAGUGGUGGGUCUAAACCUGUCCGACUCGUCACUCGGUGGGUCGAUCUCACCUGCACUCGGCCGUCUAACUGACCUGCUCCACCUUGAUCUUUCUUCUAAUCAGCUUUCGGGUCCCAUUCCACCUACCCUCUCUAACCUUUCGUCUUUGCUAUCUUUGCUUCUCUUUUCUAACCAACUCUCUGGUCCUAUCCCCACUCAACUUGGCUCGCUUACAGCUUUACAAGUCCUCCGAAUCGGCGACAAUGGCCUCACCGGUCCAAUUCCCGCCUCGUUUGGUGGUCUUGUCAAUUUGGUCACUCUUGGAUUAGCCUCGUGCAAUCUCAUCGGUCCAAUUCCGCCAGAGCUCGGACAACUUGAGCAACUUCAGAAUUUGAUUUUACAGCAAAAUCAAAUACAGGGUCCGCUUCCGGUGGAGCUCGGGAACUGUUCAAGCCUUGUUGUGUUCACCGUUGCAGUCAACAGUCUCAAUGGAUCAAUCCCGGAGGAAUUGGGUCGGCUCCAGAAUCUCCAACUUCUCAACCUCGCCAACAAUUCUCUCUCUGGGGAGAUUCCAGGCCAGCUUGGUGAACUGAGUGAACUCGUUUAUCUGAAUUUUCUCGGCAAUCAGCUGGAAGGUCCAAUUCCAAUGUCAUUUGGGAAAUUGGGUAAUCUUCAGAAUCUUGAUUUGUCGGCGAACAAGCUCUCCGGUGAAAUUCCGGCUGAGUUGGGCUAUAUGGAACAGCUUGUAUACAUGGUUUUGUCAAGCAACAAUCUUUCGGGUGUCAUACCGAGGAAUGUAUGCUCAAACACAACCAAUUUGCAACACUUGAUUCUCUCAGAAAAUCAACUUUCCGGGCAAAUUCCGGUGGAAUUGAGGGAGUGCCAGUCACUGUUGCAGCUUGAUUUGUCCAAUAACACACUCAAUGGGUCAAUACCAGUGGAGAUUUAUGAGCUGGUUGGCUUAACAGAUCUCUUGCUCAACAAUAACACCCUGUUUGGUUCAAUCUCUCCAUCCAUAGCAAACCUCAGCAAUCUGCAGACACUGGCUCUGUAUCACAACAACUUGAAUGGAAAUCUGCCAAACGAGAUUGGAAUGCUGGGGAAGCUCCAGACUCUGUAUAUCUAUGAAAAUCAAUUCUCAGGUGAAAUUCCCAUAGAGAUCGGUAACUGCUCGAGCUUGAAAAUGAUCGAUUUCUACGGAAAUCAUUUCUCAGGAAGAAUUCCAAUCACCAUAGGAAUGCUGCAAGAAUUGAAUCUUCUCGAUCUCCGAGAAAAUGAUCUCUCGGGUGAAAUUCCCACCACUUUGGGUAACUGUCAUCAACUAACCAUCCUGGACUUGGCAGAUAACCGUCUCUCCAGUGGCCUUCCUGCCACAUUCGGGUACCUCACAGCUCUGGAACAGCUCAUGGUUUACAACAAUUCUUUGGAAGGUAAUCUUCCCAUUGAACUUGCAGAUGUUGCAAACUUGACAAGAAUAAAUUUCUCCAACAACAGAUUCAAUGGUAGUAUAGCUCCGUUGUGUAGCUCUCGAUCUUUUCUUUCUUUUGAUGUCACAAACAAUGGAUUUGAUCAUGAAAUUCCCCCCCGGUUGGGAUAUUCAACUUCUCUUGAAAGGCUGCGAUUAGGAAACAACGAGUUCACCGGGGAAAUUCCGUGGACAUUGGGAGAAAUCCGAGAACUAUAUCUAUUAGAUCUCUCUAGCAAUUCACUCACUGGAUCAAUACCCGCUUCCCUUUCAUUGUGCAAGAAUCUGACCCACAUUGAUCUCAACAAGAAUUUUCUCUCGGGUUUAAUUCCAUUGUGGCUAGGAAGUUUGCCUCAGUUGGGCGAGCUCAAGCUCUCCUCGAACCAAUUUUCCGGGCCUCUUUCCCCUGAGCUGUUCAAUUCCACCAAUAUUCUUGUGCUUUCUCUUGAUGAGAAUUCACUCAAUGGAACUCUCCCUCUUGAAAUUGGUAAACUAGCGUCUCUCAAUGUCCUCAACCUCGAUCAUAACCAAUUCUCUGGCCCCAUUCCUCCAGCCAUAGGUGAGUUAAGCAAGCUUUAUGAACUUAGACUCUCCGGGAACAAUUUUGGUGGUGAAAUACCCAUUGAGCUCGGACAACUCCAGAAUCUUCAAAGCAUUCUAGACCUCAGUAACAACAAUCUCACAGGCCAAAUCCCAUCUUCUAUUGGAACACUGUCCAAACUCGAAGCGCUUGACCUAUCCCACAAUCGACUUGUUGGGGAAGUCCCUCCACAAGUCAGUGAUAUGAGCAGUUUGGGCAACCUCAACCUUUCCUACAAUGAUCUUCAAGGCAAGCUAGACAAGAAAUUCUCACACUGGCCAGCCGAGGCAUUUGCAGGAAACUUGCAUCUCUGUGGAUCUCCUCUUGUCCGCUGCAAAAACUUAGAAGACAGAAAUCAACAGUCCAACCUAAGUGAAUCAGCAGUGAUUGCAAUUUCAGCUAUUUCAACUGUAGCUGCAAUUGUUCUGCUGAUAAUUGGAGUUGCCCUGUUCUUCAAGCGCAAGCGAGAAUCGUUUAGGAGAACCAGUGAAGUGAACUGUGGUUUCUCUUCCAGUUCAUCCCACGCACAGAAAAACCCAUUCUUUCGUAACGGCACUGUCAAGCGAGAUUUCAAAUGGGAAGACAUUAUGGGGGCUACAAACAAUCUGAGUGAUAACUUCAUAAUUGGGUCAGGAGGGUCUGGAACAAUAUACAAAGCUGAGUUACUCACCGGAGAAACUGUGGCAGUUAAGAAGAUACGUAGGAAAGAUGAUCUCAUGCUCGAAAAAAGCUUUGCGAGAGAAGUUAAGACACUCGGGAGGAUAAAGCACAGGCAUCUGGUAAAGCUAUUGGGAUAUUGCAGCGACAAAGGUUCGGGCUCCAAUCUAUUAAUAUACGAGUACAUGGAAAACGGGAGUGUAUGGGAUUGGCUGCACCAGCAACCGGUGAAUAGCAAGAAGAAGAAGAACCUUGACUGGGAAGCGAGGCUGAGAAUAGCGGUGGGACUAGCUCAGGGAGUGGAGUACCUCCACCAUGACUGUGUGCCUAAGAUCAUUCACAGAGACAUUAAGCCCAGCAAUGUAUUGCUCGACUCCAAUAUGGAGGCGCAUUUGGGGGAUUUUGGGUUGGCAAAAGCAGUCGUUGAGAAUUACGACACGGUAAAUACUGAAUCAAACUCAUGGUUUGCCGGCUCUUAUGGCUACAUUGCUCCAGAGUAUGCCUAUUCGUUGAAGGCAACAGAAAAGAGCGAUGUUUACAGCAUGGGUAUUGUAUUGAUGGUGCUUGUGAGUGGAAGAAUGCCAACUGAUGGGAGUUUUGGAACAGACAUCGAUAUGGUAAGAUGGGUUGAGACACACCUUGAAAUGCAAGGACCUGCCCGGGAAGAGCUGAUAGAUCCGGCAUUAAAGCCAAUGAUACAUAAUGAAGAAUGUGCUGCACUGCAAGUUCUUGAAAUAGCACUGCAGUGUACAAAAACUGCCCCUGCGGAGAGACCAUCAUUGCGGCAAGUUUGCAAUCUCCUCCUCCAUGUAUUUAACGAUAGGAUGUUGUAUUCCGAGAAGAUGAGUCCAGAGCCAUAUGCAUAGUUAAUGAAAUCAGAUUAGCAUUUGGAAAUCAAAAUCCAGUAUUAUCAUAUGAUUAAAGAGAAACAGCCAGCAAAAACCAUCUCUUCGUUUCCUACAUUUUUGGCAAAUAAUUUUAAUCCCAACAUUAUUGCUUCUCCAA